AUGGCGUCCAUAAACCUCGUUUAUACGCAACUCAGCGCACAGCAAGCUCUACUCCAGGCACAAGCUAACCAGUCAGCAUUUGUAACUCCACAACCAAGGUCUCUGAGUACACAUACAACUCAGCAGACUAACGCGUGGAACCUACGUCCGGAGAGAGGACCAGUUCAAAAUGUGAGAAGACCAAGCGCGCACGACACGCGCGAUACCUACGGCGAAACAGAAAGCAACUUUGUGCAAAAUCCCAACGUGCAAAGAAAACCGAUCCAGGCUCGUUUGGGCGCGCGUAAUAUGAACACAGAAUGGGAUGAAGAGGAAGACGACCCAACAUACAAAGGGGAAACCACAGUGUUUAGCAGACUUCAUCCAGAGCAUGAAGCAUACAAGCCCGCAAAGCGCGCAGGGUACAACCCAAAGGCAGAGCAUGAUUAUACCUUAAGCUAUCGUCCAGACGACAUGGCUGAAGAUUCGAAAUUCAUCAGGGAGAUUGCCACAGCUGCUAUAGACAAAACCAAGCUGCCGCACAACGUUGGCAAAUACAAUGGUCUAACAGAUCCAGACGAUCAUCUUCAGGUCUUCAAAGGCGCAGGAGCAACAGGUGGGUGGAACCUACCAACUUGGUGCCACCUGUUCGCACAAACGUUCGUGGGCGCAGCGCGCGUCUGGUUCGACAGCUUACCAGCAGGAAAAAUUAAAUCAUGGGUUGACUUCAGAGAGAAGUUCCUGGCACACUUCUCUCAACAGCGGAGGCACGCCAGAGACCCAGCAGAUUGUCUAAACAUAUGGCGUCGAGACCACGAAAUCGUGGAAGAUUUUAUCACAAGAUAUAACAAAGAAUGUUUGGAGAUUGGAGAUGUGGGAGAAAAAAUGAUGCGCGCACACUUCAUGAGGGCAGUCAAGUGUGACGAUCUGAUCAAGCGCGUGAAAGGUAGAGACGGAGGACCCAAAGAUUGGGAAACUUUCAUUGAGGCCGCCAAGACAAUAGCACAGACAGACAAACAGUUGACCGGUGAUGACCAUCGUCAACGCGCACAUAACUCUAAUGACCGACAUGGCAGAAAAAGCAGAGGCCAGUCAUGGAGGUCUUCCAGUCAUAGAGAAAGAAGCCCACCGAGAGAAGAUGCGCGACACACAAUCAAUCAGAUAGCACACAGAAAAGAAGUAAAGAAAGAAAACAGAGAGAAACAGUGGACGCCAUUAACCAAGACCCCAUCGGAGGUCUUGGCCACUGAAAAUCACCAAUUUAAACCACCCCUACAGAUGCGCAACAAAAGGGGCCAAGAUCCCAAUCUCUACUGUGAAUUCCAUAAGGAUACGGGUCACCUCACCGACGACUGUUUCAGCCUGAAGCAAGAAAUUGAAAGAGCCCUAAGGGAUGGAAAGCUCACUCACCUGGUCAAAGGCGGAAAGCGCGACUACCGCCAAAUCCAAAGAAGAGACGAAGGGCCGGAUAACAAAAAACUCAGGAAGUUAGAGACCCACAUGGUGCAGGGAGGCCCACGAAGACCAAAGAAAAAUUACAACAAGCGUACACAAGAUGAUUCGUGGCGCGAGAAGCAAGUCAUCUUCCCAGUUGUUAGAGGAGGCCCAAGGGAAAAACGACCAAUAGUCAUCCCAGGAGUGAUUGGUCAUUACCAGACAGACUACAUCUUCAUCGAUCCGGGGAGCACCGCGGAUAUCAUAUACGAACAAUGCUUCAAUCAAUUUGACGAGGAGGACAAGGCGCUCUUGGAGCCAGUAGACUACCCACUAACUGGUUUCUGCAACGAGGCCGUCUUUCCCUUGGGACAGAUAUCAUUCCCGGUGUUACUCUCGGACGGACGAAAUUCAAGAACAGAAGAAGUCACCUUCAUGGUGCUGCCUGCACACUCACGACACGACAUCCUCCUAUGA